AUGGGGGGCGGGGAGGAGGAGGGAGGGGCCCCUGGCCUAGCCGGCCCCCUCAGCUUCUCCUGGCCAGCCCUCCACAGAGACCCGGACGGAAGGGAGGCACUGGCGCCUGCUCUUUUACCCACCAAGGGGGCUCCCACUGACAGAGAAACUGAGGCUGAGAGGGGUGUGAAAUUGGCCUUGGCCACCAGGCAGUGGGGACAGGAGGGGACGUGGGCAGCAUGGAGGCGCCGGCUGCCCCGUCCUGCUAAGUGGGUGCUUGGCGCCAGCUGUGCUGGGCGGACAGACAGACAGAUGCGAGCUUUCACUGGUGUCCCAAGCCAACCUAGCCCCUCCUUCCAGGGUGUUUGCCAGGACCUAAUGCACCCAGGCCGCCCCAUGCUGGGCAGGCGUACGGGCGGCGCCAGGCUGUCUCAGGCCUCCCUGGGAAUGGCCAGGCCCCGGGGUGGAUGCAAGGGUCCGAGGUGCCCAACAGAGAAACCAAGGCUGGGAACCAGGAGGCCGAGAAGUGAAUCAGGGGGCCAGUCUGGCCCACACGUGGACAGCAGCGGUGAGCAGCAAGGCCGGUCCAAGCUGUUUCGCUUUGGGCUCCUGGCCUUCCUCCUGGGACUCUUGGCGGGAGUCUGUUCUCUGCCUGUCAGCUGCCCAGGGGCUGCUGACCUGGGGCCUGGAUGCUGAGGACCUUGGAGCCCACUUGUCCAUCGGCCCAGCAGGAGCCUGAGCCCUCCUCCCUCCCAGCCCAGGACUGGGGAAGUGAGGACUAACCAUGUUCUGGAUCAGGGCAUAAGGGCAGAGGUCUGAGGCUGGAGGAUGUGUCCUAGGUCAGCCCAGGGGGGGCCUCAGAGGCUAUUGUUGUGAGUAGCGAUCAUUGGUCGGUGACCAGCAUUAGGUCAAU